AAUAUGCAUGAGGAGAGGGUCUGUUCGUGGGUGGAGCCUCAGAGGCUGACUCUGAGAGAGGAUGAGAGAGAAGUGAAGCGAGUAACAGCAGCAUUCUAUUCUCCAGCACUGCAGAAUCCACGCACUGACAAGGCUCACAUUCUCUAUCAUUUGAGGAGGGGGGGGGGGGCAUUUCUGCCCGCCUUUCCUCUUCCCAGGACUCUGGCACAGAUUGGAUCGAUGCACUGCUGCACUGGUUUCAUCCUUCAUACCUCUGAGCUGGCUUGUCUACCUUCCUCUUACCUUCGAGCUGGCCUUCCCUCCUCCUUUCUCCCCCUCCACUGCUGUAAGUGGAUCGGCCAGACCUCCACCAGAGUGACACAGACAUGGGCUGUCGGCUCUCUGGACAGGGACAGUGGGCUGACAAUGGGAAUGGGGUCAAAGGGCGUGACCUGUCCCAUCUCAGCCACCGAGAGAAGUUGCAGUUCCGGGGGGACGGCUAUGAGCAGCCAAUCACUAUGCAGAUUGAGGGGAGACACCGGCGCGGGAGAAGGCGUCAUCACUCCCAGUACCCAGUGUCUGACUGCGGCACCCAGACGGAGCAGCAAUCCUGGGAGGCUCUGAGGGCCCUAGGGGAGGGGGAGGGGGAGGGGGCCGGGCCUGGCCUCUGUGCCUACGCUUCUGGGUAUGUGCUGCUUGGUUUGGGCCUCUGUCUCUUUAUUUGCUUGUGUAUGCAAGUAUAAUGGCAGAUUAAUAGUGACCCAGUUAUAUUGAACCAGUGAUGUCCCAUGAUUGAGGCUCUGGGUUAUGUCAUUUAGAGUAUAGCCGUGAGAUGUAUACAGAAGCGGUGUUAGAAUUGAAAGGAACCACUGACUUGAACCGGUCUAAUGUGUAAACAUAGUCACUUACGCUUAAAAUGCCUACGGUGUGAAACAGCCAUGUUUUCAUAUGUGAUGACCUCAUUCUCCACAGACCUUACUAUGAUCACAUGACCCUUCCACCAGAACUCUAUGCAGCCAAUGGAUACCUCCCCAGUGUUGCCUACAAUCUGGAGGACAUUAACAGGAUAGAGUAUGAUGAUGAUCCAGAGAUGAUGACUAACCAGCCCAAUAACAGGAACUGUCUGAUUGGCUGCUGUAACACUGAUAAUGAUGAGCCUAGCAGCUUCCUGAGCCAGAGUGAAUAUGAGGGCCACUGGCUGGACAGGCCUCUGAAUUACCUGCCUCUCCACGAGCUUGACAGCGGCCUGGGCUGCACCGAUGGCAGCCUCCACCAGGGGGACCUGUCUGACCCAGAGACAGAGGAGGGGGUAGAGGCCCCUAUGUCCUCUCCUCCAGGAAACACCAGCCGGGGAAGCUCUCCCUCCUCUGAGUCCCUCCUUUCGUCAGAGCUCAGUGACUCUGGCUUCCACAGCGUCAGCACAGGGGAGUUCCGCCACUUCCAGAAGAUUAUAGAUGGGAGGAUCCACAACUACCGGAGUCGCGUCGUGCCCCGGGAACAGAGAUCAAAGUCUCGCUGGGACCUGGAGUCCAUCCCUGAGACCCUGACCUGUGACCCCCAGGCUGGCAGAGCCGCAGACGGAGUUCAUACAGCCAUGACCCACCAGUGCACCAUGGGUAGUAGCUCCAUUCAGUUCCGCAAAGCCAGGAGCCCCCAGCUGAGCAGGCAUGGCACCGGGUUUGCUCCUAGGGUUGCUGCCUCCAGCUGCCGUACAGAACCCUGCCACAGGAGAGCAUUGAUGCUGAACCAGCACUCUUCUGAGGACCUUCCCAGCCGCAGCCACACUGUGCAUGACUUAUCAGACAGGAGACGGGCCAGCCACCCAGCCCUGCCCGCUGGGAACACUGCCACAGGGAAAUACAGACACGUAAACCGACAACCGCCCAGCAGCCCAAACCACCUAGCCGUGCCCACUGAGAACUCUGGCACAGGACAAUACAACAGGGGGUUCAACACAGACAUCAGUGAGAAGAGGAGAUGUCCACUGAGUGACCAUGUGGAAGGCACCUGGCAAGGAUGUGUGGAUAACCACAGAAGCAGUAUGGCCAGUGAGGAAUAUAACAGUGAGAAACAGGGUCUUUCCAAGAGUCCCUCAAAGAAACAGCGUGGGAAGGAGCCAGCAGACUGGCGUCAGUUUGCGACACUGGGACAUCCUCACAUUGGUGGGGACUGGCCCCAAGCAGACUGUCCCUGCGGUCCCCUCUAUAGCACGCUGGAUGGGCCCUCUGCCCGCUCCAGGAGGGGUCUCUCUGGGAAUCCCCGGGCGGUGAGGAACCAGCUCCUGAAGGCACGGGCCUCCCGGCUGGCUGACGAGCGGAGUGAGGUCACCACGGAUGAGGAGGCCCGCGGGGAGGCCUGGGCAGGCCGCUACUGGAACAGGACUGAGCGCCGGCGCCACCUGGCAUGGGCCCGGGAGCAGAGGCAGAGGAAGCUGAACCGUGGGGCUGAGGGGGCAGGGGAGAAUGGGGCUGGAGGUACAGGGGUUGCUGGGGGCCUUGGGGGUGCAGGGGGUCCUGGAGGAGGCUGCAGCACAGUGCUGGAGCUCAGCCACAGGAAGCAGAGCCGUCUGAGGAACCAUAAACUGCUGGAUGACUGGACCACAGUGGAGGAGCUGCUGACCCAUGGGACAAGGGUGGGGCAGGGGGACAACAUUCUCGGUCACAGCCCUCUAUUGUCUGUCACUACUGUAUAAUGACACAUUAAGGUGUGUGUGUGUGUGUGUGUGUGUGUAUGUUUGUAUGUAUGUGUGUGCUUGUGUGUGUGCCUGCGUGUGUUUGUGCUACUGAUUGUGAAGAGGGUCAGUGAUAUGACUAUAGUUUGACUAUCUCUUGUUCUCCACUCAUGUUCCUGAACACAAACCUAGAGCAGUAGUUGUCCAACAGACUCCACCAAUGGCAGUAUUAAGCCAUCUAAAUGUUAGUAUUCACCGGGCUACUUUAAAGCUAGCUACGUGGGUUUUGGGUUAGCUACUGCACAGAAGAUACAGCUGCGUUUCAAUGGUGGUGACUCCUUUCAUCAACAUACACCUUUUACAGUUAAAUACAAUCUAAUUCGCUUGUUUGCCCAAAGAGUGGACAUAACCAUAUCACUGUAAUUCAAUCAACAAAACAUGUAUUGGAAAUCAUUUCAUAUCAUUGCAUCACAUCUGGCUCAAUGUGACCUCAGUUUAAAACCACAUCAUUGUAGUGAUACAGACUUUAUAUUUUGUAUGAAACCUCAGGUAGUAAAUGAUGUGUUGUACUGUACAUCUACUGCACAUGGACAAGAGCCCCAUCUCACUCACAUGAGAAAUGCACUGUGAACUGUUGCCCCCCCCAAAUAAAGUGAGUAUACGGUCAUAUCAUGUGUAAUAUUCACCUCAUGAUAAGUUGCACAAUCAUUGUGCGUGGUCAUGAAACAUUCUGAUGUUCUUGUUUCACCUCUUUUUACAGCCUGUGUUGAAUAAGAGGACAAAGUACCUUUAUUCCCAGCAUGUAGACUAUCCUCAAUACAAACCUGGCAACUGGACAUGACAGCACUAUUUCACAUGUCACAAUGUCACCUCUCUAACUGGGCUUGGAUUCUCAGGGCUGAUAUUCCCCUGACACCACUCUUUGUCAGUCAGACAUUUGCGAGUGCUGUCUAAGUGAUGUGCCACAACAUUUCAGACAAGAGUUCCUUAAGGUUUCGGUUUUGAUGAUAGCUUAAAGUUGUGGUCCAGAACACCUCUGAUUAGUGUUGCAUGACAUAAAACAAAAUGUAGGACUCUCUUCACAUAAAACCAAUUGAAACUUGUUCAUUUGCAGACACAAAACAUGAUCAAAUUGUGUUAACAAUUAUCAAAUGGUAUGAAAUGCUCGUUCUAGCCUGGAAUAUGAUCUCAUAACGUUUCCAUUUGUCGUGUGGAUAAGCCCUGUGUGUCCAAGCUCUGCUCGUAGUCGUAAAGAUAUAUCCAUGGCUGCGAAGGACACGUAACAUGGUUGUUAUGAAUACUUUCUUUUGAGUGCUCAAAUAAAAACGCUGAAAUGCA